CAGCUCCUUCAACUACACACCACAUGCUCUCUGCAACCAUGUCGCAAGCACCAUGGGCUACCCGGCCUGGCCAAAAGGUCUUCAAAUCCCGGUUUGCGCCUUCAUACAAACCUGGCCCUCACUUCCUUGGUAUUACGCCUAGUGCUGUUAUGCGAUGGGCACCGACGGCAGGCUAUUUUGGCGCCGCAACGGGCAUCUUCCUAUUCUUCUUUUUCGCCGAAAUUCCUCGCGUCAGUAAGGACAUUGGCGAAAAGCUCCCAAUCAUUGGUCCCUGGUUCCACAAGGAGAUCGCGCCAGAGGACAAUCCGUUCUAGAUAUGCUGUACCGAAUCUGGGCAAAGCGCGAUGUGAACGAAGUUUCGGGCAAAAGAUGUGUGAUUAGCGUGUACAUAAACUCAGACAAGAUCGAUAGAGUUGUGUUUGAAUUAGCACUGCCAGGCGACAAUCUAACAAUUGCAUCUGCGCUUGCAUAUUUCGGCAAAUCACGCCAUCGACCAAUUUGAAAUAAGACGUAUAUGCAUAGAUCAAUCGGAGCUCGUUUUCAGUGCGAAAGA